AUGUCCCGAAUAACCUUCUCGGCUUCUGAACUGCGGUCCGAUCAUGGCGCCAGGGACUCGCUGGAACUCGCUUCGCUCGCCUCCUCCUCUCCUGAAUCCGGUCUCGAGCUCUCCCGCACAUCCUCCCCCUCGGGGAUCUCGUCCUCGCGCAAGCUAUCACUAGAAGACGAAGACCCCCUUUCUAACUCCAACCCAUAUGCAAAUAUCGAGUCCUCCCAGUCGCGAUCUGGUCGGUCAUACUCUGUCUCUUCUGCAUUCGAUUUUGGAAGGAAUCUGUUUCCGUUAUCCCAGACCGCCGAUGGUUACGCUCCCUUGGGAGCCCCGUCUGCGCUUGACGGAGAAAGCGGCGUUGGCGACGGUUCGUUGGAAAGAAACAAGACAUUGACAUAUAUCAAUGGUCUCUCUCUGGUGGUGGGAUUAGUGAUUGGCUCUGGCAUUUUUUCAUCUCCCAGUCAAGUAAACGCCAAUGCGGGAUCUCCUGGAGCUGCCCUAAUUGCGUGGCUCGUUGCUGGUCUACUGGCUUGGACCGGAGCAGCCAGUUAUGCUGAACUAGGGGGUGCUAUUCCUCUAAAUGGCGGCGCUCAGGCUUAUCUGUCUAAGAUCUUCGGAGAGCUGGCAGGAUUUCUCUUCACUUGGUGCGCUGUGUUGGUGCUUAAGCCUGGCAGCGCAGCCAUAAUCUCAAUCAUAUUUGGCGAGUAUGUUGUUCGAGCAAUAUUGGGUGCCGAGGUUGAACAGAUCAACCCAUGGGUAAACAAGGGUGUGGCAUUUGGUGGUCUUUUUGUGGUGACUUGUCUAAAUUGUCUCUCUACCCGACUCGCUGCUCGGAUUGGCGACCUUUUUAUGUUCUUCAAAUUCGUGGCAUUGAUUGGAGUUACCAUCAUUGGCAUUAUUGUUGCAGCUACAGGCCUUUCGUCAAAAGGGAAGGUGAAUGAAGAAUGGAAGACGAGCUGGUUUGAAGGCACAAACAUGGAUAUUUCAGGCUGGGCGAUGGCGCUAUAUGCAGGACAUCCCACUAACAAGCUGCAGACAAAUUACGUGACGGGCGAAUUCAAGAAUCCUAAUCGCGAUCUUCCGCGAGUGAUCCAUACUGCAAUGCCUCUGGUCAUCGUCUGUUAUCUGCUCGCCAACAUCUCCUACUGCCUGGUUCUUCCUCAUUCCACGAUCGAAGCCAGUGAUACCAUUGCGGUUCAGUUUGGUGAUAAGGUAUUUGGAAGUAUAGGAGCCUUGAUAUUCGCGCUAGUCGUUUCUGCGAGCUGUUUCGGCGCUCUCAAUGCGACCAUAUUUACCAGCGGACGCCUAGUAUACGCUGCCGGUAAAGAAGGUUAUCUCCCUACAUUUUUCGGGAAUCUUUGGACUCAAGGCUCCUCUUCCAAUGCUAUGAACAGGCUUCAGCACCAGUCCUGGGCGAAGAAAAUCGUGUCUCGUCUUUUCGGCAACGGAACCUGGAUCGGAUAUACGCCCAUCAAUGCUAUGGCACUGAAUAGCGUACUCACAUUGUUAUACAUCGUUGUUGGGGAAUUUAGCACCCUUGUUACCUUCUACGGUGUCGCAGGGUAUACAUUCUACUUCCUCACGGUGCUAGGCUUAAUCGUGCUCCGUGUUCGUGAGCCGCACUUGGAACGGCCGUAUAAGACCUGGAUCUCAACCCCGAUUAUCUUCUGCUGUGUCAGCCUUUUCUUGCUCAGCCGCGCCGUUAUUUCCGAGCCACUACAAACACUGAUUGUAGUAGCGUUCAUUAUUGCCGGAGUGCCUAUGGGGAGUCUUCAGCCAUGGGAACAGAUUGUCUCAAGGAAGCGUGCUAUUCGCGACCAGGCUUUGAACCCAUACAUUGUAUCUGAUAUCAGUAACCGGCCACCACGAGUUCAUGCAGUUCAAGAUCGGUCUUGCAUCAAAGAUGGCCCAUUGGUCCAAGAAAUAACAGACAUCCACAGCAUCCCCGACCUAGUAGAGCAGCUCCAAAGAGGACACUUUUCUGCCGAGCAAGUUACACGUGCGUACAUAAAGAGAGCUACAGUGGCUCAUCAGCUUACAAACUGCAUUACCGAGGUAUUAUUUGAAGAUGCCUUGAUACAAGCCCGAGAACUAGAUAAGGAGUUCAAAGAGACAGGCCAGGUGAAGGGUCCGCUUCAUGGUCUGCCAGUUACAGUCAAGGAUCAAUUCAACGUCAGAGGCUAUGAUUCCACCAUUGGCUAUGUUGGCCGGUCGUUUUCUCCUGCCCAGGAGGAUGCAGUCUUAGUUGAGAUGUUGCGGAAAAUGGGAGCUGUUAUUCUGGCUAAAACCAAUCUACCGCAAAGCAUUAUGUGGGCUGAAACGGAGAAUCCUCUUUGGGGCCUAACUGUCAACCCUCGAAACCCUGCUCUCACCCCUGGUGGUUCCACAGGGGGUGAAGCCACUCUACUUGCAUUGCACGGGUCUAUCUUAGGGUUUGGAACAGAUAUCGGUGGUAGUGUUCGAAUCCCGCAGAGCAUCAUGGGAUCGUAUGGGUUCAAACCUAGCAGUGGCAGGCUCCCAUACCGUGGAGUUCCAGUGUCCACGGAGGGACAAGAACAUGUCCCUUCGGCCGUGGGCCCUAUGGCUCGUGAUAUCGAAUCUCUAUGCUACAUAAGUCGCCUCGUGGCUGAUUCCCGCCCAUGGGAGCUAGAUCCAAGAUGCCCACCCCUUCCAUGGAAUGAGGCCGUCUUCAAGGACGUACAGUCUCGGCCAUUGGUAAUAGGUCUGAUCCUCGAUGAUGGCGUGGUCAGAGUACACCCUCCGAUCGAACGAGCAAUUCGAGAACUUAAGGCCAAGCUCGAAGCAAAGGGUCACGAGCUCGUCACCUGGGACACAUCUGACCAUCUAAACUGUAUAAACCUCAUGGAUCGUUACUAUACAGUCGAUGGAGGGGAGGAUGUGCGCCGCGAUAUUGCUUCUGGUGGAGAGCCUUUUAUACCGCAUGUUGAAGCUCUCGUGAACAAAGGAAAGCCAAUAUCUGUCUACGAGUACUGGCAGCUCAACCGAGAGAGAAUGGACCUGCAAAAAAGAUACCUCGACAAAUGGAAUACAGCUCGAUCGCCGUCGGGAAAAUCCAUUGAUGUCCUGCUCAGCCCGACAUUGCCACAUGUCGCAGUGCCUCACAGGAGCGUGCGCUGGGUCGGCUAUACUAAGAUCUGGAAUCUCCUUGACUAUCCGGCUGUCACUUUCCCCGUGGACGAAGUGAGGGCCGAGAAAGAUGUCAUUCAAUCGGACUAUCAACCGAGGAAUGAACUUGAUAAGUGGAACUGGGACAUCUACGAUGCGAAAAUCAUGGAUGGGCAUCCAGUCAACGUGCAGGUGAUUGGGAGGAAGCUGGACGAGGAGAGGGUGCUGGGUGCCGCUACAGUGAUUGAGCAGAUUUGGCGGAGCUAA